CAAAGUUCUUCUCAAUCGCAACACCUACAGCUGGGAGCUUAUCGCACAGGCGAGGGCGUUUUUGUUGGUUGGUAUGCUCAACAAAUACCUUUAGCAGGUAUGAAUGUCACACCUAAUCUAGACUUCCGACAAACUGUAUUUGCUACAAUAAGCGCUACGGGCAUAAUCAACUUCAGUUUACGUAGUCAGAACAUGCGAGAGCAGACAAUUCCACAAAGUUUUCGCCUCGGGAAAACAGUCUCGGUCUCUCGUAAAGAUAUCAUAUACCGCCCCGAAUUUAAUGGCAUGUCUUACGAAGAAAUACAGCAAGAGGUAGCUCGCAGGAGCCUUUUUGGCGCUCACCAACCCGCUGCUAACGGCCAGAUACCGGACCCUGCAACGAGGAGUACUGAUGCUACCGGUACUUGGCCGAGGCCUGAAAGUUCAGGAGGCUCGGCAGACAAGAUACUGGACAGCAUGAACGCAGUUCUCAACACUGAACAGGACAGAGAAAAACUCAGUACAGAAGUAGGAGAACAAAACAGGGCGGCAGUCUCAGGCCCACAGGGCCGUGAAAUAGACGUUCCGGUCACCAAGCACGAAGCAGAAAAGGGGCCCGCAACGUCUACGCAUACUCCUAACAGAGCAGACGGGCAAGAUCCUACACCAAUCGAGGUUAAUGGACACAAAUCUUCUACAAGACACCCUCAGGGGAACAUAACAGGCCAAUCAGGUGGGCCAAGACCCAAGUCUCAGGGGUCAACUUCGAAAAGGGCGAGCUCGGUGAAAGCAUCAAAGAAGUCAUCCGCCGGCGAGACUAAGAAGAGGCGGAAGUCUUUGGCUCCAGCGGCGAUUCUACACUCCAGUUUAUCACUGCGAAAGCUUAGCCCCCGGCCGAAGAAACUUUCCAAUCAUAAGAGAAUUACCCCAAGGAGAUUUUACGGUACCAAGCUUCAGGAGCGCGGAUAUCAGUGGCCAGAUCUUUCUCAAGGCUCAAUCAGGCAUUCCGAACAGCUGCAGGAUCCGCUUAGAGAUUAUCAGACUCGCGGGUCUCGUCAUAACAAUCGCGUCAUGUCGUGUAGCACUGGGUCGUCCGAUUUUAGCUCUCGGACACCUGCGCGCCAAGAUAGGCACGAUAGUUCCGACGACGAGAGUCUUCCUGACAUAGAGGAGCUAUUUAGGAGGAUUGCAAGAAAAUCUGAUCUUCCUCAGCAAUCGCCUACUCCUCAACAAAAUGACAUCCUCCAGACCCCAGUUGACACCAGAGCUAUACAUGAAGAUGAUAUUUCGCGAGUGUGCUCGGAUCCUGCAGGGCCUAGCCAACCUCAAGUACAAAUAGAGGCAUGGCUAAGUAACCCGAAGGACCGUACUAGUCCGCAACUAGGCUUGGAUACGGACGUUCAGGACACAGAGACUCAUGCUCAUACUGAUGCGCUACCCAACUCGCGAUCAAAGAAGCGUGAGAGACGCGAACGUCGAUCCAAAUCCAAAUCCAAGUCUAGAGCCAGGUCCAAAUCCAUUUCAAAAUGUCCCGACGUCACAACUAUCAAGCCUCCCGAAGACCUUGCCUCGUCGGCAGGCCAAGAGGGUAGCUUUACUAGUGAUGCUCAUACAGCAAAGAGACGGAAACGAUCGGGGAGCAUGGCAAUCCCCGGAUGCCUAUCCACACCACAAGAUGGAAAAGGCCAAAGGAAACCAGGUCUCGACCUGCACUCCAACGCGACUUCUACUCGAGAUAGCGUUGCACGUGGUACGGAGAUUGAAUCUCCGAAUAACGGGUCUGUUGAAAGGGGCAACGGCGUGGCGAACGAACCUCCCUCACCACAUAAUAGCCUCAGGUCAAUAAAUCCUAAGCAGCUCGAUGGGGAUGGUGAUACACAGAAGCCGCCUGCCGCCACGGCUCCCUCCGUGUCUUCAGAGGUAAAUAGUCAACGCAAGAAAAGGAAGAAUCCCAGCAGAAAGGAAAGACAGAAGAAGCGCAGGCAAAAAUCGGAGCAGCUUUCACAGCAUCUUCAGGGGAAACAUACGAGUGAUAGGCAGAUGCCUCAGGUGUUCGACCACUACGACCGAUCCGGACAGGAUACUAAGCGGACGGUAAGAGAAAAGACGACGGACACGGUAGAAUUUAGCAGAUUUAGCGACGACACUAAGUUGGAUACUCUGUGGCGCAAGUUUUCACGGAUAGAGGAGAUUGUCAACAAGAUGGCCGAUCCGCCGGUGGUUGGCUAACAUGACUCAGGGGCUAGAUCAGCUAGCGACUUAAUAAUCACUGUUCAAAAGUAUGUACGUUGGAAGGCGAUUUACAACCUGGAUCUGGGUAUAAUAUAGAGAUAUAUAGGUAAUUACAUGUUAGGCAUUUCGGGU